CUAUACUUUCUGGUACCGUAGAACCGGCUCUCGGCCGAAACGAGGAGGCGGGCGGCAACGCAACGCAACGCAACGGGACGAUGAUGAGACCCGGGGGCCGGGCCGCGGGCGGGCGGGGAACGACGGCCCCUCCCGAGCGGUCGGCCCGGCACCUCCCGCGGAGGCCACCACCGCGGAGGGCCGGCACGAGCGCCUUGGUCUGUUUCGGGGUGGUUCUUCCCCUGUGCGCGCUGUGCCACGCCCUGGUGGUGGUGUACCGGAGCGCCGGGGUUGCGGCCGGUGGCAGCGGGUGGGCACUCCCCGUUGCCGAACCCUUCGAAACCUACGGCGGUGCCAACGGCGAUGCCCAUCACAGGUACCUGUGCGACGACGAAACCAACGACAGAAACACGAACGGAGCGGACACCGAAACCACRGUCUUUGGAAACAGCUCGGCGGUCCGCCGCCACUGGGAGCUCAUCGACUCCACCGUAGAGCGGAACUUUCCAAAGGCAAGGGUGUCCGGGGGGAUAUUYCUCUACCCCCACCAGUCCUCCAUCCUGACCGGACUCAUCCGGCGCAUCGUCCGCUACAAGAACGGAAGAAAGGAGCCACGGRGGACCACCGUUUGCGAAACGGGGUUCGGAUCGGGGCACUCGAUGGCGCUCUUUCGGGAGGCACUGGCCGACGCGGCCGGGGACCACCCCUCGCGGGGAAGGGUGGUUUCCUUCGACAAGUUCGACCGACCGUACCAGCUCCCGAUCUGGCACCACCUGAACGACACCAACGCGAACGAAGACGCCUCGCGCCACAAACAMACCAACGGCAAGGCCAACGRUGCCGGCCCCCUUUUGUCSCUGGACUUUGUCCAGGGSAACUCGUGCCGGACGGUUCCGAGGCRCCUGUCCGAGAUGGACUGCGACGUCCUGCACGGAUCGUCGCUCUGCCCGACCGACAACAUCGACCUGGUGGAGCACUCGCCCUGCGGGGUGGUCCUGACCUCGACCGCCAUGGAUUCCCUGCGGAGCGGCGUCUACUUUGGCUACGGCGGGCAGUGGAGGACCCUCCGGGAGCGGAACUGCAUCGGAAGCGUGGCCUGCUUUGCGGAGGACGGCCCGCUGGACCUGCGGCGGGACUACGUGUUUGCCCAAAAGGGGGAGKCCAGGGGCGGGGAGUUYUGUGUGGCCGUUACGACGGGGGUUUGCCAGAAGGCCGGGUCGCGGCGGGGGCGAGAACCAAAACCAGAACAACACGGCGACGAAGCCUGCGCGGAAACCGUGAAACGGAUGGAAUCCCUGCUGGGAUUGGACAAGAUCUGUCCGAGGUAUCGGAUCCAGGUCCCGCCGUGACGCGGAUGGCAGAGCAAUGCGCGAAACAAUGUGCCAAUAGAAUAGAAUAGAAUCCAAUCCAAUCCAAUCCAACAGGACCCGUGUGUUGCGCCUGUCUUGCGUUUUCACCGAGCGGAAACAGAUCCGACGAGCAAGGUUUUACGAAGCAAAACUAGUUUAUGGAUUAUGGACAAAUCGAACCUUCGCAGACGUCAUACUACUUUUCGUACCGUAUUAGGGUAUCGUAGUGAAUGUCCUUCGUGACGAUCAAACACCAAAAUAGUAUUGCCUCUGCGGUACAGUACGUACGUAYGGUACCGUGGGAGAAGGAAAGUGGCGCGAAGUGGACACCAGUAGGAGUACUCGGACUGUUGCCCGUAAACGAAGACUAGCUGUACCCAUGUGACCUGUCAAGAAAAAGCAGUUUUUUGUUGUUGUUUUUGCUCAGGAAGCACAAGGAAUGUUGCACACCAUACCUCUCUAUUGCCGGCACCGGRUUGGCUAUCUACAGCACAACGCAGCGGAGUUUCCUGUGCGGCUGCCUCUUGCUUGAGAGAUGAACGAACCACAAAAACCCAUCCAGCAGGAAGGGAUAUCCGGGACAAGRCGGCGGCUCGUGAAGGCAAAACACGCACGAUUCGCCAUUGGGGCGUGCUUGCUCUAUCUUGUUGGAUUCCACAUUUUGUACAACGCCAACAYCCGCAGUUUUCCCGAGGUCCUGCUGUACGAGACGAUUGCCGGAGGGGACUUUUUCAUCACAAAGCAACAACAACRACGACCACUACAACCACCACCGGAUGAUUCUCCCCCGGACAUCUUGYUGGAAUGGGAUGCUUCGAGGAUUCCCGGGUACCUUCCCGGAUCCAACCGCUCGUCGCUCUUUGGAUACGUCAUGCGCGACCUUUCGAGGCGGUUCCUCUCGCCGGUGUCCGACCAGCAGCGGCGGCUCCGGCAACGAGCAAAGCGUUCCCGUGGGUCGGCACCGACCGACCCACCGCUCUCGACGAUCCUCGUGGUGUCUCCCGGUGCCAACCGGCAGCUCUCGGGCUUGCUCGGCGAGGCGGGGGAAUCUAGUGAUCACCCAUCGGGUGCCGCCGGUGCGGACCACAAGCACGCGAUCCACCGACGAUUCGGAUACCGGAUCGGUCCCUCCUUUCUGGUAGAGAGCGUCUUUGGCAACGGUCCCCACGGGGUGAUCGCGGUGGACCCGGACACGGGGGCCACCUUCGACUACCACCCGGGAUCCGGCGCGACCGAGAACCACCGUGGGACGGACCGCAGCGUACUGCUGGCCGUCUUUGACCCGGAUCRGGGACGAGAAGAUUACGCGGUCCCGCCCGCAUGGGAAGAUUCCGUUCGGAACGGAUCGAUCGAGUACGCAACCUUCCGGAUCUCCUCCGCCACCGGCGGCUCGGGCGAUGCCACGACCAUGCGGGGGAUCGAGACGUUCCGCUUGUUUCGCGGGGAAGGGUACAAGCUCCAGGUCCUGUCGUCGUCCCACGCUCCCACCGAUGGGCUCAACCCCUACGGUCCCAAUACGCUCUUGAAGAACCAGGGGGACGUCGAAGAAUUCCUGGUGUUCGGCGUGGCAUUGGCCACGAAAGAAAACCACGCCCGCAGAAGCAAMGAUGGUGGCAAUYGCGUGUUUCACUCGAUCUUGUUUGCCACGCGAGGACUCGACCUGGCGAUCCCGUCCCGGAGGGAGUUUCUGAACACGACCGAUCGCAAAAACGACCACGUGGUGGACAUUGAAAAGGAGGGGAUUCCGUUCACGGAGUGUCCCGAUCGUGAAACGAUGGCCACCCUUCGAUUCCGCAACGAUGCACRGUUUGCCGGUUAUGGAACGAGCGUCGAUGGCACCGGCGGUGGUCACAACGACAGCGAGGACGACGACGACGACGAGUUGCAACUUUCCUGCUUCGGAAGGAAGGUAUCGGUACAAGAGACAAAUACUACCAUCGUGCUCUCAACGGAAGAGGAACGCGGUGCGAGUUUGUUUGUCGAACUCUGGCACAGCCACACAAACCUUUCUCUCUCGGAAGCCGCAUGCCUGAGAUGCACGAAACKCACAACACCGGAUGGGGAUGACUCCACCGAUGCGGGUACUAUUCGAAAUACAGCCGUCGAAGGCAAGUGCUCCACCCGGAUCCUACCCGAUCGAAUAUUUUCAGAAAGCAAGAUUCACACCCCCGURACCGCCGAUGACAAUGAGAAACGCGGACCAAACCUGUUGGCAAUCGAACUCAGAGGUGUCCACCAUAAUAUGCUGAAUCUCUCUCUGUCUGGCUUCGAAACGGAACUGAAAAAUGUUGGACUGGAGCGUGUUUCACCAUUGAUAUCAAACAAUGGGUGGAAUUCUACAGCGUGGUGGAGCUCAGUGUCGGAAGGUAGUAAUGGUUCCGAUAUCGGUGGGCACCAGAGAUACCGUGGAAUCAAUCGAUGCGACCGCCAAACGCUCCUGGAUGGCYUUACAGAUGACGAGCUGGUACACCCGCAUCACGGUAGUCAAAUAAGCGGUAUGUUUUGUUUUGACUACGAUCGUCCCAAUUGUCUAUUUGGCAGGCAUGCUGCGACGCAUCUCUUGGAUCACGUCGAAGAAUUCAUAAGAACGAAAAUAGAUAAAAGAGAAAAAUGGGCGGCAUACAUAACUCUUGUAGACGGGGAAGAAGAAUCCGAGACUCUUGUAGGUACACUGAAGCUUCCAAUCAUUGCUUUUCUAUCAAGUCUCGCGUCUGAAAUGUCAUCGGAGGAAUGGUCCAACACUAUUGUUGCAAUUUAUAGUGACAAUGAACGACAGCCUGUACUUUUCUUGAAAACUGGCCAAUACAAYCAUGGYAUGACAAAAUUGAAGGAGGGGGGAAACAGCACUUUCGUUUGGGACUUGAAUUACUUUAUGCAAUCGAUACUAACCGCCAGAGACAUCGAAGACAUAGAGAAGGCAGUGCAACGCCACCUUAGGCUAGACGCUGCCGUUGCAACCACAGAUGCACCCCUUCGCAAUGUCGUGGAGAAWCGCACACUUGCUAUGGACGAGCUUAUUGCACCGCCCUCUAUUCUAUCAUUUUACGCGGAUAUACCAAAAGAACAGAAGUUUCGGCUUGUCAAAUCGUCCGAUGACACCCCGAUGAAACGAGCUCUGGUUGUUAAAGGGUGCCAAUGUGCAACAAACAURAGCCCCUGGUCUCCAUGUAACGAACAUCCAUGGGAUAGCAAAAACCCCAAGAGGUUUAAAGAGACGUUCAUUCUUGUCGAUUGUCCGGGCCAAUCUAUCCAUCUUGAAAUCGGCAUCGUCCGCAACARAGUUCUGACUCAUCGUUCGAAGAAAAGGAUUGGUAAUUCGGCUCACUUGGACAACAUCAAUAUCAUAUUCUUGGAAUUAGAUUCGGUCAGUUUGGAGUAUGCCGACAGGCAUUUUCCAAAGACUCGGGAACUACUGAAAAAACAUCGAAUCGCACGGAUUGACGAUAGCGUCUUUGAAUGUCCCUCGGGCAUUUGCUCCGCAGAAUUUCCCUACACAUCAUUAGUCGGGGCAAAUUCCAUCCCAAAUCAAGUGGCAGCUCUUAGUGGAUGCGUUAGUGCACCUUUCUUUGAAACAUGCGGCAUGGCACAACCAAAGUUAGGUGAGAUCUGCCAUGACACAARUAUGGCACAUAACGGACUAAAACUUAAACGUUCAGCCCAGAUGAGAUUUUGGUGUCCAGAUCGURACGUGAAUGUCACCAAGACCCCUUGGUUAUUUGGUGUCUCGGACUCAAAGGGCUACAUAAACUUCUUUGGAGAAGAAUUUUGUUACGACCACUCUCCGUACGUCACUCAAGGUAGGUGUAGAAAACAUCUUUUGAAAAAAAAAAUCUGAAUCAAUACCAGCAACUAACAUCAUUAUGCUAAUCUUGUUGCUCCUAUUGACAAGGAAACGUGUUUCCCAAACAUUUUUUUGAUAUUCAAUCGCAUAAAGUCUUYUGCAGUUU